CCUUCACUUCUCUUCCAGGUUCCAACUUUCAUCUUACGCAACGUAUAAUCGCUCUUUUCUCCUUCCUCCGUUCUCUCUCUCUCUCUCUCUGCUUUUCAGUCCAUUGUUCUCUGUUUAUUUACAUUUCUACCGUGCCUGCUAAAAUGUGCGGUGGUGCGAUAAUCGCCGAUUUCAUCCCCCGCAACCGCUCCCGCCGAGUCACUGCUUCCGAUCUCUGGCCCGACUCGCUCUUCACGAAUUUCACCGAUUUCGAGUCCGAUUUCCGCCGUUUCAGCUCCCAAAAGAAAGUUCUCCCUUCAGAGGAUGGAAAUGUCAUUUCCGAGAAGAAAAAGGAAACUACAAGAAAGCGGAAGAAUCUCUAUAGGGGAAUCCGGCAACGUCCGUGGGGGAAAUGGGCGGCUGAGAUUAGAGAUCCGAGAAAAGGGGUUCGGGUCUGGUUGGGGACUUUCAACACCGCCGAAGAAGCUGCGAGGGCGUACGAUAAGGAGGCGCGCAAGAUAAGAGGCAAGAAAGCGAAAGUAAACUUCCCAAAUGAAGAAGAAGAAGAAGCAAACAAAACGCAGCCGCAACGAAAACCCCAACCUUCUGACAGCUUCUGUAAUAAUAAUCUACCGAUGGAUCUUGAUUUUGGGUUUGUCGGUGCCAUUGAUUUCUCUCAGGAUGGAAUGUUUCCAACCGUUGAUCUGAACAACAACGCGGUUUUGGAGAGCGGAGGUUGUGGGUCUGGAUUGGACGGUGGGGGUUCUUCGGUGGUUGAAGAAGGGAACAAGGUGGUGGUUGGAGAGGUGAAAAGGGAGGAAGAUGAAGAGGAGAAUGAGGUACGGAAGCUUUCAGAAGAACUACGGGCAUUUGAGUCGUAUAUGAAAUUCUAUCAGAUACCUUAUCUGGCCGGUGGCAAUCAGCAAUCGAUUAUGAUGGCGCCGAAUCAGACGCAGGACAGUGUUGUGGGGGAGCUUUGGAGCUUUGAUGAUGAUGUUCUUUCUGCUACUGGCAUGGCUUCCGCCGCCUCAGCUCUGUAAUGGAAAAAAUCGUGUUUUUCAGGGUUUUGUUUGUAAAUGGAAAAACUUUCGGGUCCUUUUUUGUAAUUUUCUUAGGGUUUUUCGUUUUGGGCUGCAGCAGCUGUUGUUUGAUUGUUGAUUGUAUUGUCCUAAAUCAAAUGUAUUAUGGUCCAAUCUGCACCGUUCAUUGAUCUGUUGAUCGAUGCGUAGUGGGCCAUGGUUAGUAAAAGUUUGCAUUGCUUCA